ACCAAUCAGAGGAGACUAGCGAGAGGCACAGCAUCUAUUUCCUCGUAAAUUUCAGGCGCUUGUCUCAACAUUUCAACCACACCUCUGCCGUGGUGAUUCAAAGAAUAGCAGUGAGCUUAGAGAGAUAAUAUUCUUUGGCUAUCGCAAGCGGACACGUUGUGCGUGUGAGACUUUUCUUGCGGGACACAAAUCGCUGACUGCCAGGGGAAACCUGCUAGCGUCAGUGCAGACAGCUAACCAACAGUGUUAGCUACUACCACCAGCCUCUGGCUGUUAGCUGACGGCGUUCAACAUCUGUACAUGUAAAACCAAGUAAGCGUUAGGUGGUUCAGAAUGGCCCAGGGGAUACCAGAGGAGGUGAUGUUGAAUACUACACUGAUAAAGGACCUGGCAGAUGUAGGAAAAGAUGCAGCGCUUCUGCAGGGUGUGAUAAUGAGGAUCCAAGACACUCCCAACUCAUCGGAGUUGGUGACCUAUGCCCCAUUCACACUCUUUCCCACGCCCGUGCCUAAAGCUGUGUUCCUCCAGGCUCUGGCAGUGCAAACUCACUACAACACACUGGUGGACAAGAUCAGCCGGGACCCAGACUUUCUGCAAGAGGCUCUUGCAAGCACCAUUGCAGUGGAUGAUUUCACUGCAAGGUUGUUCAGGAUCCACCAACAGAUCCUGAGAGAGGGAAGGUCUCAGUCUAUUGUGUUGGGUCUCAAUCGGUCUGACUACAUGCUGGACCAGAGAGAAGAUGGGACGUCAUCUCUAAAGCAGAUAGAGAUCAACACCUUUGCUGCUAGUUUUGGGGGUCUCUCAUCACGCACACCAGAUGUGCACCGACACAUACUUAAGGUGGCCGGCCAGCUGGAGGAGAGCCAGCGCAUCCUAGACAACAACCCUGCCGCUGGCCUGGCUGGAGCAAUUGCUAAAGCCUGGGAGCUCUAUGGAUCAGAGAGAGCAGUCAUCAUGUUCUUGGUGGAAGAGAGCCAAAGGAACAUCUUUGAUCAGCGAUACAUAGAGAAUGAACUGUGGAAGAGAAACAUUCCCACGAUAAGAAAGCGGUUUGAUGAUGUUUGUAAAACAGGAUCUCUUGAUCAGGAAAAGAGGCUAUUUGUUGAUGGCCUGGAGGUUGCAGUGGUGUACUUCAGGAAUGGCUACAUGCCACAGAACUAUGUUUCUGAACAGACUUGGGACGCUCGUCUUCUGAUGGAGCGCUCUCUGGCUGUGAAAUGUCCAGACAUCAGCACUCACCUGGCAGGAACCAAGAAGGUUCAGCAGGUGCUCGCAAGACCUGGAGUUCUGGAGAAGUUCUUCCCUGAGCAGCCUCAGGUAGUGGAGCAGAUCCGAGCAACUUUCGCUGGCCUCUACACUUUAGACAUGGGCCCAGAAGGUGACAAAACAGUAGCAAUGGCUUUGGCAGCACCAGACCAAUUUGUCUUGAAACCUCAGCGAGAGGGCGGAGGUAAUAACAUCUAUGGAUCGGAGAUCUGCCAGGUCCUGGAGGGAAUGAAGGAGAGCACGGAGAGGAUGGCCUUUAUUCUGAUGGAUAAAAUCCAUCCCACCCCCUCACAGAACUACCUGCUGAGACGAGAUGCUCCCCUCCAGAUCAGAAACUGUCUCAGUGAGCUGGGAGUGUUUGGAGCAUAUGUCAGGCAAGGUAACGACAUGGUGAUGAAUGAGUGUGUGGGCCAUCUGCUAAGGACCAAGAGUUCAGAACACUCAGACGGAGGCGUAGCAGCAGGAGUGGCCGUGCUGGACAAUCCUCUCCUCAUCUGAGAAUUUACACUCCUACUUUCUGGGCUUUAAACAAAAAAUGCACAAAUUGACAACAGUGAAGUCAUGGUUGCACUUUUAAAUCACAUUGUAACUUUUGCUGCUACAGUAUGAAGGUAAGGCUGAGCAAAUGUGUUCCACAUAUUUUGUCUGUUUGACAAAGAUUGGACUGAAGUUUCUUCCUUAAGGAUCCCUCCUGCUGUUAGAGGUGAUGCAGCAGACACAUGUCUUUGUAUGAUUUCUGAUGUAGUUUGGCAUUUGCAGAUAUUACCAAUAUCAGUGACUUUGUGAGUGAUGUUAAAAAGACACAACUUUAACACAAUACCAUGCUCAGUUGAGUGACAUGUUUAAAUGCUAUGAAUACUUAUGUCUUUAUUUACCUCAGAGAAGGAGAGGAGCAGUACUUGGUUAGAUGCAAGCUGAAGCCAUUACCUCUCAUUGUAUUUAUAAUAGUAAAUACUUCAGUGCUUUAAUGAAAAGCCUCACUGUCACUCUUUCAGAGAUAUACUUUGGAACAUUUCUGAUAGGACAAGAGAUACUGUCCUGUGCUUUACCUUGUUAGAAACAUUUAAAUCCUUAAAAGCAGUGUAGGAACGCUGUGUUACUGACAGGUGUUUCAAAAAUAAGUAAGACAUCUUUCAACAUAUUUCAAUACAAUUCAACACGACUGCAGCUUUCUAAUAACCCUCGGACACAAUUUUAGUUAAACAUAAAACUGAUAACGAUUUCACAAGAGGUUCUUUAGGAUUUAAUGCAGCUCUGUUGUUACCCUAUAAUGUGGCAGCACAGUGUAAUGUUAAGAUUUAGAUUAUGUGUGAUUGGAAUUUGAACUGGCUCAGUAAAAGUUUUUUUAUAUGUCCCAUGGUUUAAAACAUGAUAAAAGUUGAUCAUCACGAUGGCAAAAACUAGAAUGGUAAAACCCAGGUUAACAGGAAUAACUGGAAGUUUGGAAGAAAAGAAACAAGUGUCCUUAGACUGCAAAAAGUAGCUAUCAACUGAUGGCUUUUAUUUUACUAUUUUUUCACUUGAACUAUGCUGAGAACUGUGAGUUUUUAUGACUGAGACGGACAAUUAACAAACUUUUACUUUAUACAUACAGAUACUGUGGCAUUGCUGUGAUUUCUUUACCCCUGGAUUGCACCAACAAAAUUAGAAACUAAAAUAACCCCAAACACUUUUAGUCACUUUUCUUCAUUAUAAAUAAAUUCCCUCUUCAUAUGUAACAGCCAACACAGCUGAGGGGUGAAGUGAAAAUUUGUUUAUGCAGAAAGUAAUAAUACUAAUGCUACUACUGCUACUGUGGCAGUAUUACUAAUAUUAUUGCAACUAUAAAUAAUAAUCACAACAGUAAUAAUAAUAAUAAUAAUGAUGAUGUAUUUUUAUAGCAACUUUCAUUGAAGACAUACAGCUAACCAUGAAGGGAAACCAAGAGAGAAGGAGAGUGACAAUGGAUUAACAGAACAAUUCAGUAGCACUGUAUUUCUAUUGAAAAUUAAAAAAUUGAGUUGAGUAGUUGAGUAUCAUCAUCAUCAUCAAAGUCUCAGGUCAAAAUAAUAUCAAGGCUGCUCACUCUGCUGGACUUUAUAUUUGGACUAGACUCUGGAUCAUUCACACACUGAUUUUGUCCUCCCAUGGUGCAUUCAAGGGUUAAUACUGUGAUUGUGUACAGUAACAUAUUGAUUGCAAUUCUUGAUAUGAUGAAUAAAAAAAACACACUCUCUGGUCAGUCUCUGCUGGCUUCAAUGAUUGUAUUUAAUCUGAGCCCAAGCAACAGACUCUGUUUACAGAGUCUGUUCCUAAUAUUGCUUCCUCCACCAGCCUUUUAUAACAACUCAAGGACAAGGUCAUAGUGUCUUGGAGCAACAAAUUCCAUUGAGAACAGUUUAUAAUAAGCAUAUCUCAGACACUGAGACAGUACAAUCACAACUGGGCGUCAAAGGUUACAAUGAUCCUAAUGAAUUAUAAUUAUUAUUAUUAUUAUAAAAGACAACUUAAGAGUGAUUCAGCAAUUAUUCAAACAUCAUACAUCUGUAAAUUCUACCACAGAAGGAGAAUUAAAAAGCAAAUGUCAGACA